AGAACAGGUGUUUUUGGAGUUACUCUGAAGUUUUAGGGCUUCUGCAGCCGGUCACCAAGCAGCAUUCCGUGACAGCUUCCUGGAGGAGGGAGCAUUCCAAAGGCUUCAGUUCAGUUUGCUCUAACUGCCAUCUACCCACAUGUAUUGGGUGCCAGGCCUGGAGAUGAAGCAGGCAGGGCCUUGCCCACAUGGAGCCCUGGCCCCCAACAAGAUAGGGACACACCGAUUGUUUAGUCAAUCAAGGCCAAGGUUCGACAACUACUCAGCCAAUGUGAUGGUGGACAGCAAGCCCGUGAACCUGGGGCUGUGGGACACCGCGGGGCAGGAGGACUAUGACCGCCUCCGGCCGCUCUCCUACCCACAGACGGAUGUCUUCCUCAUCUGUUUCUCCCUUGUCAGCCCUGCCUCCUAUGAGAACGUCCGUGCCAAGUGGUUCCCCGAGGUGCGGCACCACUGCCCCAGCACGCCCAUCAUCCUGGUGGGCACCAAGCUGGAUCUGCGGGACGACAAGGACACCAUCGAGAGGCUGAAGGAGAAGAAGCUGGCACCCAUCACCUACCCGCAGGGCCUGGCGCUGGCCAAGGAGAUCGACUCGGUCAAAUACCUGGAGUGCUCGGCCCUCACCCAGCGAGGCCUGAAAACCGUCUUUGAUGAGGCGAUCCGGGCUGUCCUGUGCCCCCAGCCCUCACGGCCACAGAAACGCCCCUGCAGUAUCCUUUAGGGUUGCACCAGCCCUCCCAGCCAGAUGGUUCUGGCCUCCAGGGCCUUCACCCAAAGUGCAACGGCACCCCGCUGGCCACGCUGUCCCCUCCCCGCCUGCGGUGUUCCUUAGUAGAUGGUCGCAGAGCUUGGUUGAUCCUCUUCUCUGUGCUGGAGGCCCCCUGGGGCUGGAAGGGUGUGAAUUUGCACCUCUGCUCCCAACCCCUCCCGCUCCCACCUUCCCCCCUGGGGCCAGAGGGAGCCACUUUGCAUUAGUGCCAUCAGUGCCCAUUGUUGCGUAUGGCAGCGUCUACCCCUUUACCCCAGUCCCACCCGAUGCCUGAAUCCCCUCUGGAAGUUUCCGGCGGGAUGGUUGCCAGCCACCCCUUGUAUACCGUCAAGGAUGGGUCUCUCACUCCCUACUGGAGGCAGGCUACUACUCCAAUACUGAUGGUCUUGCUUAUCUGAAAUUCCGUUCUCCUUCUUCUGAGCUAGGAUGAGUGUCUCAGAAGUUUGCUCCUCUGGUCUUAGCUCUCUUCUUCGGGACAACGUAAAAUAAACCUAAUUCUCUGAAUGUUGGUGGGUACCUGCAACCGCCAGUCAAAAACCUAGGUCCAGCCCACUCCUGCCAUCCCUCAAGUCUUUCUCUGCCACUCACAGAGUCCAGAACUACAUUUGCCUGUAGAAAUCCUAAAACUUUCAGACCCUGCCAGUCAGGACGUUUUCUACUGCAAAUGGAAAACCGAAUUCAACCUGCGUAAUCAGAAAAUAAGUUUAUUGAUUGAAAUGUGGAAAUAUCCUGGCUUCAGGUGCAGCUUGAUUAAGGAGGGAGGGGGCUCAAAUGAUGUCCUCAGGGCUUGCUCUGCCCUCUGCUGUCUAGUUCAUUCUCUUGGCAGGUGGCUCUCAAGAGCCUCCUUCCAGGUUCAAGGUCAGCAAAAAAAAAAAAAAAAAAAAAA